AGCUUUCAGUGAAUGAACAACGCAAAUGUACUCAAUAGCGACCUCUAGAGCUCGACAGGCCCAACAAACGCUAGCUCUCUUCCGGAAGUGACUCAUUCCCUGAUUGUCAACAUGCAAGAUGGCGACGCACCACAGGCAGAACGCUGCGGGACGGAGGAAAGUCCAGGUUUCCUACGUGAUUAGAGAUGAGGUGGAGAAGUACAAUCGUAACGGUGUGAACGCUCUUCAGCUGGAUCCUGCUCUCAACAGACUCUUCACAGCCGGCCGAGAUUCCAUCGUCAGGAUAUGGAGUGUCAAUCAACACAAACAGGAUCCUUACAUCGCUUCAAUGGAGCAUCACACGGACUGGGUGAAUGACAUCAUCCUCUGUUGUAAUGGAAAAACAUUGAUAUCAGCCUCCUCUGACACCACCGUGAAAGUCUGGAAUGCACACAAAGGGUUCUGCAUGUCCACGUUACGGACACAUAAGGACUACGUCAAAGCUUUAGCAUAUGCGAAGGAAAAGGAGCUGGUGGCAUCAGCCGGGCUGGACAGGCAGAUCUUCCUGUGGGAUGUGAACACACUGACGGCUCUGACUGCCUCUAAUAAUACAGUCACCACUUCCUCACUGAGUGGAAACAAGGACUCCAUCUACAGUCUGGCCAUGAAUCAGACAGGAACUGUGAUCAUCUCAGGAUCUACAGAGAAGGUUAGUCUCACAGUCUGACUGAGGUGCCCUUGAGCAAGGCACC